UGACUCCUUUUAUGAAGAGGAAGUUGCAAAGGCAUAAACUUCAUUGUUGACAAUCAGGUACCAUUUACCAGCGAGAAACAGCGGCGGGUGAGGGAGAUGGACUAUGGGCGGAAAUCCGAGCUGUAUCUCAACUCAUCAGGUCCCGUCUGGACAAACGUUGCCAGUCGAGAUGGAAUAAGAGUUCAGCGGGAGCAUCUCGACCAAGUGCGAUGGCAAGAGAGCCGUGUCGGGUCGGGUUCUCAUCGUCCGUUUUUCUUGUUGGGAAUCAUCAGCAGUCAAAUCGUCUCUGUCAUGGACGAUUCUGGGCUGAUUCGUCACCCGACGCGUCCAUGUUCUCAUCCUCUCGUCGUACAUAAUACAGUACACGAUUUUGUACAGUUCACUCACUGCACUGCAUUUUCUGCCUGCUCUGGUCGUUCGCUCUCCAUUUCCCCAACUUCCGAGACGGGUAGAGUGGACAGUGGCCCCGUGGCCUAGCUUGGCGAGGCCAUCCGACGUCCGCUCCAGGCCUAAUCCAGAUGGACAAUGAAAGCUCGCACUGGGCGGAGAGGGUGUUGAUGAAAUGAACAAGGGAGGACUGAUUUGGAGAUGGAGAUGGAGUGGGGUGGUGUUGAAGCCUGGGGAAUCGAAAGAGGGGCUGUACACUUGUACGGUGUGUCUCCGUACUGUACUGCCAAGGUGCGCGCUCACUCUCAUUCACUUCGCUGGAGCCUGGCUAGAAGGCGAUGGCAGAAAACUUCAGACUUCAAUCCCAAGACUUAUGUGACAAAAAUAUUUAGAAUAUCUUAGGAUUAUCUUAGGGAGAUUUAAUAAACCUAAUCGACUGUUUGCAUAGAAUGUUUUUUCCCUGAUUCAUGGUCUUA